AUGAUUCUCGAGGUUGCGCCGGCCGUUUCUCUGUUGAAAGGGGAGAAUCUGAGUCCCCUGUUUUCUUCCGGCUCUACCCAAUUUCCUUCACAAUCCAAUGGGCCUGCGUCCUUGAAAGUUUUUCCGGCCAAGAGAAAUGGUGCUCUCGUCUGUUCUGCGAAGAGCUCCAACAGUAAGCCCUUGACUGGGGUUAUUUUUGAGCCCUUUGAAGAGGUUAAGAAAGAGCUUAAUCUCGUCCCUGCUGCUCCUCAACAGUCCCUUGCACGCCAGAAAUUUACUGACGAGUCUGAAGCCGCCAUCAAUGAACAGAUCAACGUGGAGUACAAUGUCUCCUACGUCUACCAUGCUAUGUACGCCUAUUUUGACAGAGACAACGUUGCUCUCAAGGGUCUUGCCCAAUUUUUCAAGGAAUCUAGUGAGGAGGAAAGAGAGCAUGCUGAAAAAUUUAUGGAGUAUCAGAACAAAAGAGGUGGGAAAGUGAAACUGCAGUCAAUUGUGAUGCCGCUUUCAGAGUUCGACCAUGUUGAAAAGGGGGACGCAUUGUAUGCAAUGGAAUUGGCACUGUCUUUGGAGAAGUUGACUAAUGAGAAGCUCCUUAAUCUGCUUGCUGUGGCAGGUCGUAAUAAUGACCCACAUUUGGCUGACUUUGUUGAAAGUGAAUUCUUAACUGAGCAGGUUGAAGCAAUCAAGAAGAUCUCUGAGUAUGUUGCUCAACUGAGAAGAGUGGGGAAGGGACACGGUGUCUGGCACUUUGACCAAAUGCUCCUUCAUGAGCACGCCGCUUGA